AUGGUGCUAGCAGGACUCCAGCCCACCAGAGGAGAACUCAGCCCACCACAGCAGUACCCAGCCCACCACAGCAUUACCCAGCCCACUACAGCAGCACAGCCCACCACAGCAGUACCCAGCCCACCACAGCAGUACCCAGCCACCACAGCAGUACCCAGCCCACCACAGCAGUACCCAGCCCACCACAGCGCACCCAGCCCACACAGCAGUACCCAGCCACCACAGCAGCACCCAGCCCACCACAGCAGUGCCAGCCCCACAGCCACCCAGCCCACCACAGCAGCACCAGCCCACCACAGCAGUGCAGCCCACACAGCAGGCCCACCACAGCAGUACCCAGCCCACAGCAGUGCCCAGCCCACCACAGCAGUACCCAGCCCACCACAGCAGUACAGCCCACAGCAGCACCCAGCCCACCACAGCAGUACCCAGCCCACCACAGCAGUACCCAGCCCACCACAGCAGCACCCAGCCCACCACAGCAGUACCCAGCCCACCACAGCAGCACCCAGCCCACCACAGCAGCACCCAGCCCACCACAGCAGUACCAGCCCACCACAGCAGUACCCAGCCCACCACAGCAGCACCCAGCCCACCACAGCAGUACCCAGCCCACCACAGCAGUCCCAGCCUGCGCACCCAGCCCACCACAGCUUCUCUCCCACAGGAACACCACCGAUUCGCGCCUUCAGGAAAGUCCUAUUAGGCGUAAUGGGAAAGACGGGAACGAGAGUGGGUUGUGGAGACUAG